UCAAGUGAAACACACAACUGGGAGGGUGCCGGUGGUUUAGUCCAUCUUCCCCAAUGUACUAGCUUAGUUUUUAAUAUAAGAAAACAUCGAAGAAAUGAACGCCUCCGACAGACGUGAAAGUGACUGGCGAGGUUUAGUGAGCGAGUUUCUGAUAUGCAAACGCAAGCUGGAGAGCAAGAAGGACGCUCUUCUCAUUUUAUCCAAAGAGCUGGACACCUGUCAACAGGAGAGAGACCAGUACAAGCUGAUGGCCAACCAGCUUCGAGAGAGACACCAGGGUUUGAAGAAGAAAUACAGAGAAUUAAUUGAUGGUGAACCUUCACUUCCGCCAGAAAAACGGAAUCAGGUGAAUUUGGCGCAGUUGUUGAUGGAUUCACGGGAGAAAAAUAAGAAGCUGGCUGAAGAAGUAAAGGAGCUGACACAGAGACUAAGUGAGAUACAGGGAGACAAUAAGCUUUUAAGAAUGACAAUCACCAAGCAGCGUCUCGGGGAUGAAGAAGCUGUGGUCCGACAUUUCCCUGCUCAUGAGCGUGAAGGCUUGGUCAGACAACUUGAAGAAGCAGCGCUGCAGAGAGAAGAGCUUGAACACCAUCUGAAGACAGUGAGCGAUGAGCUCCAGGAUAUAAGGGCUGAGUGCACUGUGUUUAAGGAGAAAGCUGAACGCCUUAAUUGUGAGCUGAACCACAUUCUGGGCGGCCAGGAGAAACGCAUCAUUGAUGUGGAUGUCCUCUGCAUGGAGAACAGAUAUUUACACGAAAGACUGAAACAAGUUCAAGAGGAGGUCACACUGUUGAAGAGUAAUAUACAGAAGUAUAAGAUUGCUCUGGAUCGACGAAGAAAUGCAACAGUAGGUGCCAAGUCCAACAGCAGUGCGCUAACCGGAGUUCUUUCUCCUAAACAAGUGCAGGAGUUGUCAGAGGAUCGUGGCUGCAGUUUACCAGUCACAGCUCAGUCCAUCUCAGACCUGAAGUCUUUAGCUACAGCCUUGCUGGAGAACAUUCAAGAAAAGAACAUUAUCAUUCAACACCAAAGACAGACCAGCAGGAUUCUGGGAAAUCGAGUCGCUGAUUUAGAGAGGAAGUUGAAGACUCUGGAAGUUUCUGGACUUUGGAGUCUCCCAGGAGCUGAAGAUGCCAUCAUGCUGACUGAGAGCCAGUGUUCCACCCCUUUCUCCUUUCUUGGCCUUUCACAUCCGUCAGAAGCCUCAAAAACAACUAACUCACGACCUCCUGCAGAUGACAGGACAGGAAGAGGAGGGCCAUCGCCAUGGGAGCAGGACACAGCUGGCAAUGACAGCUUCCCAAACAUGUGGCGUGGCUCCCGCCCCUGUCCAGAUGGAGGCGGAGAAGAGGUGGACACACCGGUCACCCCUGACAACAGGGAAGAGAUCAUCUUGCGCGGGACACAAAUCGUGAGACGGACUGAUGUAAAGGGAGGUACUGUGGAAAAGCUGGGCUUCUGCAAGGAGGCGUGUCCCAGGUUGGAGGUGGGACCUGGUGAGAUUUUAGGGCAAGAGGUCAUGAAUUGGCAUCUGAUCGUGGAGAGGAGUGAAGAUGCAGCUCCGAGUUCGCAACUCAGAGUGGCAAAAAAUGCGUGCGUUACUGAGCAAAUUGUCUGUGAAAAUGUCAACUUUCAGACGUCUGUGGAAUUGCCAAGGAUUAGUUUUGAGGAUAUUUCAGAAGGUACCGGCGUAGAUAUAACCAGUGUAAUGAAAGAGCGUGAUCAGGAGAGCGACUCUUCUGUACUGCAGGAGUGGGAAUCUGGAGAGGCCGACAAGAGCCAAAGUCAAAGUUUUGCCUGAUCAAAUUCCUAAGAGAUUGAGAAAUUAUGCUUUUGUAGACCUGUUGGGUUUAUCAAUCAAAUAAAAAGCAGUUGACUUAUAAAUCCCCCCCCCCAAAAGAUUUAACUAACAAUAUUGAAGCAUGAAAUCCUCAUCUCAAUGAUGUGGUCCCAUAUAAUCAAUAUUAAAAAGGAUGAUUUAUCAAAAAUGAUAAUUAUUUGACAUUUUGCUCUCCCUCAUGUUAUUCUAAACCUGAAUGACUUUGUUUCUUUUGCAGAACACAAAAAUAUAUUUUGAACAGUGUUGGUAACCAAACAACCAAAUCUCCCCCCAUUGAUUUCCAUUGUAUUGUCGCAAAACCACUGAGAUGCUUCUUCACAAAUUUUGAACAACAAAUUGUGAAUAAAUUUUAUAGUUGUUAUUUCGGGGUGAACUUUUCCUUUAAUUUUGAGUUGAUUUUGUUCUGAUUUUGCUAGAAAGAUCAAUGAUGAAACGCAGUGACCGGAGACAUUAACAUUGUCCUCGUUCAAAUUUGUUUUUUUCUUUCAUUUACAUGCACGCAUAUGCAUACUUGUUCAAAAGAAGUGGCGUACUCGCACCUCACCGAGUGGACUCAGCUGGCAGCUGGCUCUUAAGCGCAAAUAAAAUAUCCCAAAACAAACUUCUGAACUGCUUGUUCGGCAGAAGGCAUGCUUCUUCACUUUCCAUCUCCCAUUUAGAAUUAUCCAAACGGGGCGGCGUGAUGCCAGGGAGGCAUUAGCGGGUAAGGAGUGACUUUUGGGAAACAGAUGGGAGCUAAUGGAGUUAUGAGGCUAACAGACUGCAGGGUGAGGUUAUCCGCCUUACACAUUUACCAGCUCAACAAUAGUGACAAGAGUAUAAACUACACACUAAAGAAAAUGAGUCAUGGCUUUGUUUAAGUAAAGGUGGAGUAACUAUGGUCAUUUAGGAUUAAGUACUACGUGUAUAACCAUUAUUUUACAAGGCUACAUUUACCAUGGUUUAACAGAAGUAACAUAUUUUAUUUGCAGUAUAAUCAUGAUUAAUUUAACAGGACUGCACACUUCAGUGUGCAUGAAAUCCCACAUAUUUCCAUAAGUAGGAGUCGAUCCGUAUCUCUUCAUGCCUCUUGUUUUCAUCGGCUUGCUGUCAUCUCCACCGUCACUUCUGUCUGCAACCGUCACAGGCAAAGCUCCCCGACACCACAGACUGACUGGCUUUCACUCUACCACAGUAAAAACUCUUUAACUAGUGGUAAAAUCAGAUCUGUGAUGUGACACUGAUUCACUCCUCUCGCGUUUGCCUGCUGUCGUGCAGACAGGCCGUCAGUCUCCAUACUGCCACCGCUACUCAUAUUCUCCGGCUGCUUUUUCUUGCUCUUUGGUCUUAUUAGACAAGAAACGUGGCAUUUGUACAGAAGGUUGCGCAAACAUAUACUCUUGAAUUAUUCAUUGAGAGACGUAAAGUGUACGCUGAACUAGGUGAGAGGGUGGUUGUAUGAAAUCUAGUGGGAUUCGUUUUACAAGGAGCAUAUGCAGCUCGUGAAUAUUUGUUAGUUUCUACUUAUGAAUAUGAAGUUAAAGUAUUAGAGAUAUGCGUAAUGGAAGUAUUAUUAGAUUCACGUAGAUUUACAUCUCUUACAAAAACACAAUACAUGUGUGCAUUUUGAGGCAAAACGAUGGCACUGAUAUAUUUUAUAUAUAUGUGUUCAGUUUAAACAGCUCUAACAUUUAUUUUAGUCGACUAGCUUUAAACCCUGGAAUCCACCGCUAUAAAAGACAAAAGACUACUCUGGGAGUCAAUGGUGACCCAUAAAAGUUCAAACUUUCAUUAACGUAUCUUAAUUUGUGUUCAGCACAACAAAGAAAUGUACACAGGUUUGUAAGGGUGAGCAUCGUUUCAUUUUGGGGUGAACUAUUCCUUUAAGACGAAGCACAUGGAGCAAUGUGUAUGCCCUUAUUUAUAUUAGGUUUGAUUUGUUUAUGCCUUGGGAAUUGAAACGGCUUGUCUGUUGUCGUUGUUCAGAUACCGCACAUAAAUCAUUAAACUGAACUACUUGACAUUCUGGAUGUUGAAUAUACUGUAUGUUUAUGAAUAAUAGAGUUGAAGUCAUGUGUCAACUUAUGUGUUAUUUUGUGGGAUCUUAUGUGUGAUUUGUAUGUGUAUAU